AUGGCUUCCUCAAGUACCGCGCUCUCUAAGACGGCCAUCAACACCCUGCGCGGCGUUCUGUUCACGACCUCCUUCUCUGUCGUCCUGCUCGCAGAGGAGCGCCGCCGCCGCAUCAAGAUUGCCCGUGCCGCCGUCGACAAUGCCCGAAAGAUCCACGCCGCCAAGGCGAACCGCGGUGCCGAGGCGGCCGUGGCGCUUGAACCCUUCGAUUUAGAGGCUCACUUGGCCAAGCUCGAGCCCGAGUCUUUCAUUACCCAGUCACGCGCGCGCAGGAACCCGUACCGCCGAGAAAAAACAAAAGAAGUCGACAAUAUGAACGUCUCUGGCGUCGCGGACAGCCUCCCCGAGUCUCGAGCUGCUGAACGCGAUGCGCCGCUCCGAAAGGUUCAAAAUGAAUACAUACCCCUUGUGCAUAUUGCUGAGGUCAUGGCUUCUGGACGGAGGUCUUACGAAGCUCCAAGGGCCAAGCGCUCUACGGCGCUCAAGAAAUUACAAAGAAACCCCGCUACGGUUGACCAGAUUGCUGAGCUUAUGGCUGUUGGGCUAGGCGCGAGCGAGGCUCCAGCUACCACCCGUCCGAUCACCAUCUCGAGAGUCUCCACGCAAAACAACUCAGCGUUGCCCAGUCACAGACUUGAAUACGAUCACCUGAGGGUUACCCCACGAGAUAGUAAAGAAGCCUCUGUGGAGUAUAACGACGCCGUGGCAGCUCUGAUCGAGGCGGUUCAAGCUCUACCAGAGCAGCCCAACACGAAUCAAGAACAAUCGCACACAUUCGGUACAGCGGUGGCAGCUCUGCAAGGGGUUGGAACUCACAACGGCACCCGACGGUCCUUCCGAGAAAUACUGAAAGAUGUCGUUGUCAACCUGCUCAAAUAUUCUGUGGACCUGACUGCAGAUGAAAUGAGAGCAGUGUUGCAAGCGUCGCUCUUUUUGAAACGAUCUCUUGUCACAAUACUUGCUCGAUUCCUUGCCUGGAUGGACGAACAUCGGCCAGAGGAUGCUAUAGAGGUCUCAAGAAACAUCAUAGCAUUCUUUACGCAACCAGAGCAAGCUCUCGUGUGGAAAGAUGGGCAACUUGUUCAGGAACUUAUCAAAGUACAGAGCGCCCACUGCUCCAGCCUUGCAAUCAAGGAGUACAGCAUGCUCAAAUCUGCUGGCCUAUUCGCGGAUAUGAAGAUGCCGGAGCUGGAAUACGACAUCAGAAGAGAGGUGGUCAUCGCCGCCUGUACAGCCGGGCAAACGCGGCUCAUCGACGGCGAAAUGGAUGUGCUACGUCGGCUAAAGGGAGACAAAGUUGAGACUGAUUUUGCCCUUCAGGCUGCCCUUAUGACGCAACAGGUGACUCUGGGUGCCUGCGAUACAUUGUUCGACUCACUGCGAGACCUCAAGAGGUGCACGAAGCCUUCAUCUAUGGAGUUUCAAGGGCAUCUGCGCCGUGUUACAGACGUUUUCGCCAAGAUGCAUGAUGUUGAGGAGCUAGGCCGCUGGCUUAAAUACGCUGCAGAAACAUACGACAUGAAGCUCCGAACCGAUUGGGCCUUUACUGUGCUGAAUGGGUAUGCUUACUAUCAUGACAUUGAGGGCAUGAUGACGUGGCUAGAAUAUUGUCUCGCGCAUGGUCUCAAGGUUGACUUUGACUUUGCCACUGAGUGGAAGAAAACCUGCCGAGGACAUUUGCGUUUCAGCAAGGCUAACGUGCAAAAGCUAUGGACCAGACUAGCCAAGGUCAUGUCACUGCCACAAAUGGAUGGUAGUGGCCACGAAGCCAAACACCGCCGGGGAGAUCUUAGCAGACGGAUGGCGGAGCUGACGGAAAGCGGGCUUUGGGACAAGGCCUGCCUUGUAUUUGAGGCCGCACUGUCAAAGUCUCGAGACGUUUGCGAAUUCAGCUUUGAACUGGCGCUAGAAGCACAUACACAAGCCAAUGGCGGCAAUGCGGAACCAGCUCUUCGACUGCUGGAGCGUGCCCGCGGCCAUGGAAAAGACACCACCGUCGCAUUGCACAGGUUUCUUGCCAAGGAGAUUGAAAGCAGGCAAAGCAGCGACAUUAGGGGUCUGCUUUCUCGGGCUGUGGAAUGUGGAUGCGUUAUCCCGGCUGACAUCUAUACGCUUGCUGUGCAAAAGGUGGUGGAGAAGGAUCUCUACGCGGGCCACGACAUUUUGCAGCUGGGGGUGAAGCAGCUGGGCCAUGGCAAGCUUGCGUACAAUGGAUAUUGUUUCGCGAAACUGCUUUAUAUAUAUAUCGCGACUCAUCGAUACGAUGCGGCGCAACGGCUGGUAUCCGAGUUUGUCUCUGACCGGCCGUUUUGGCACGGAACCAGACUGUGCAAGGAAAGCAUCAAGUUUGGAAUCAGAGAGCUUGCGAAACGAGCGGCCACGAAGAUGGACGCAGGCGAUACCGGCGAGUGUGAGGAUAGCGCACUGAACCGCGAGCUGCGGCUUGCGGAAAGUUUGCAGCAAGCACUGGAGCAUAAUGAAGAAAGUCGUCACGAAGGUGGAUAUCAGGCCACCAUUGCGGACAUGAUUAUGCAGGUGGUGGAGGAGGCAGCCAAAGGAAAGGAUGCCGCCACAGCCUUGGAAUGGCAAAAAAAGAAGCUCGCAAAAAGAGCCGUCAGAAGAGCGCAUUCCAGUCCGUGGACGGCGUCUGCGUUGCAAAAGGGUGGCAUCGCGCAUAUCAGUGUGGAUGCGUGA